ACAGUUUUUGUAUAAUUAUCUAAAAAUAAGUGUGAAUGUAGUUAUCUAUACAAUGCUGUGAAAAAUGUGUGUGACUCUGCUCUUUAUAUACUGUUAUUCCAAAUCUAUGUAAAAAUGGAUAAAAAGAAACAAAGUAAAAGCCCUCGACAAGGAGGUAGAUUAUCAGCAGCAGAGCAACAAGCACAAUUAGCUAUUGCUCAACAGCUUGGGAUUCCGCCAGAAUACUUAGAUCCCAGUUUAAUGGGUUAUGGAGGAUUACCUUCAGGAAUUGAUCCACAACAAUUGCUAAAUCCGAUGGCUGCAGCAGCAAGUGGUUUUCCAUUCAUGAAUCCUGCUGCUCUGCAAGCUUUCGCGGGUCUUGGUUCGUUGGGUGGACAAAGCACCGCAGGCGCUGCGGAAUGGUGGAAUCUAGCACAAAAUCAGGCCCUGGCUGCAAGUCUUGGGGGUUUCUAUCCUGGGAUGAUGCCUGGAUUUUCUAUGUUGUCAUCCGAUUCAUUGCAGAACACAAAGUCAUCAACUGUAGACAAAAUGAAAGAAGACAAUAGGAAAUCCAAUAGUCGUAAUGAAUUGUCGCCAAGGCCUGGGUCAUCAGGUGCAUCAAUUAGUCGAUCUCAACAAGACAGAAAAAAGUCGAAUGAAUCGAUGAACUCAUCUUCAAGAGAAAGACCUGACAGUCAUCAUAGUACAAGUUCUCCUUUCCGAGGAACAAACGCAAAGCAGAGCAGUUCAGCUGGGAAUUCUUCCUGGAUGGAUGGAGCAAGCGGCCAACACCAACAAAAGUUGAAUGAGCAGGUUUUUCAGGCAGAAAUCAUGAGGCAACUUGAACAACAAUUUUUGGUGCAACAGCUUCAAUUACAACAGCAACAACAACAAGAUCAGUUAACAGCUGCUUUACAAUCAGUGAUGGCGGGUUCUUCUGGAACUUCACUUGGAUCUAGUUCUAGUUCUCAUAAAAAGGGAGCUUCUUCGGAUGCAGAGAAGUUGCAGCAGCAGAUGGCUAUGAUGAUGCAAUUAAUGCAAACGGGUGCUACAGGUUCCUCUCUUCAAGGAAUGUCACCUGCGAUGGCGUCCUCUUUAUUCUCUACUCCAGGAGCUUUGGAAACUAUGAUGGCGAUGAGUCAAAUGGGGAAUAUGAAUGCUCUAACUGGACUUGGAAAUUUACAAAGUUCAAGUAAGUCUAACGAAAGAACUGAUCACAGAGAUAAAAACUCUCUAUCAUCCUUUUCUUCACAUCAUCGUUCGUCAUUGCACAGUCCACCCAAAUCAAAGCAAUAUGCGUCUUCUUCGUCUCCUAGUUCAUCAAAAACCAGAGUUCAGUCUUCUUCGCCUCGAAAAUCACAACGUCAAACUCCAGAAUCAGCAUUGACUAAAAAUACUGCUAUUCCUGGCAUCUCUGGUAUACCGGGUGCAGAACUUUCUCCUGAUAAUGCUUUGCUUGCUGCUCUUUAUAGUCAGCAGUUACAACAGCAACAGUAUGAAGCAUUUUUUAAGCAAGAAUUGGACGCUUCGAAUAAAUUCAGAAACAAGGCUGCAACUCCUUCUUCUACAAGUUCAAGGGACUCAAAAUCUAGAUCUCGUGUCAAACAAGAACCUCGCCAUGAUUCACGAAAUGAGUUUUUUUCAUCUUCGUCCCAUGCUAGAUCGAGUUUAUACAGUCCCGCUAAUUCAACUUCAUCAAGGGGGAAAGCACAUACUAGCCCGCAAAGAGAUUUCUCCAAAUCUCCAUUCAGAAAAUCAAGGGACCCUGACCAUAGUCAAUCUCGCGGUUCAUCUUCAUCAAAACACUUGAGUCCAAGCACCACAAAACAUUCCUCUUCAAAAGACCAUAGACAGGAAAAUGUAUCUGAAACUCUAAAACUAUUUUCUGCACUUGCUUCUAAUCCAAAUUUAACUCAACAAGAACUAGCUGCAUUACUUAGCAUUCCAAACACAGCUGACGCAACGGCUUUGCUUUCUGGUAUGGGUGCGAUGCAUUUUCCUGGAAGCAAUGCCUUCCUUGAUCCAUCACAAGCAGGAAAUCAAAUGACACAAAGUGAAUUAGAAAAAUUAAAUAAAGACUUAGCUGCUGCUUUAGCAUUUGAAACACAAAGACUUCAGGAGCAGAUGAGACAGCAGCAAUUGCAAUUGGAAAACAAUCAUAAGAAAUCGAAAGAUAAAGACAACAGAAUAUCCGUAAUACACCAGAAUAAUACCUCAUCUGAAAAUACAUCAGAUAAAGCCUCAUCAUCCAAAUAUCAAGAAAAAGCCGAAAAACAAUCAACUGAAAAUAAUAAAGUGAAUGAGUUGAAGAGAAGAAAUGAAGAUGCUGCGUCCAGUGAUGGAGAUGUUGCUUCUGAGAAAAAUGGUUCUGUGGGAUCCAAUAGAAUUUCUAGAAAACGCCGCCGCGUCAUUUCUGGUAGUGAAGAGGUUCUUGAACCUUUAAAACACGACUGGAAACGGGAAGUUCGGUUCAGAGCUGUUGGCAAUCAUCUGAAAGGAGAGGUUGUUUACAUAUCUCCGAGUGGAAAGAAAUUUAGAACCUAUCCUGAUAUACUGAAGCAUAUUGAAGAGAACAACAUGACACAUUUGCAGAGAAAUAACUUUUCAUUCAGUUCGAGACUCAAGGUUGGAUCAUUUCUCGAACAAAAAGAAAAAGAAAAGGGAAAUACUGAGUGGAAAGAAAUAACAGAGGAGGAACUUGAACAAAAAAUACAACAAGUUGAUAGAAGUCGAAAUUCAAGCCCUUUGCCUGAUAAUUGUGAUCAAAUGAGCGAUUAUUCAUCAUCUUCGAAGGCAGAUUCUAAAUCGUCUAAAGCAGAGAAAGAAAGAGCAGAUAAAGAGAGACAAAGAGAACAAUUGAAGUUAUUGCAGGAACAAGAAAAAUUACAAAAACUUGAGCAAGAUAGAAUCGAAAGAGAAGUGAAAGAAAGACUUGCAAUGGAGGAACGUCGGGCUGCUGAAGCAUACGAGAGGGAACAGAGGAGGCAACAAAUGCUUCUGAUACGAGCUCUAGAAUCUAGAAAGAAAGCUGAAGAGAGAGAGAAAAGGAGAGAAGAAAUCAGACUGGAGAGAAUAAGAGAAAGGGAAAAGAAAAUGGAGCAACGAAGAAUAGCGAUGCAAAUUGCAAGGGAAUUAAAAAUGCCGGUUGAAGAUAUGGCAACUAUUGGAGCUCCUGAACUUCCUCACCUUAAUAGAUUGCAAGGAACCUAUGAUAACAAGUGUCCUCAUCAACUGAGCGGGAAUGCAUCUGCUGAUUUACUGAUGGUUCUAGAAUUUGUGAAAACGUUUAACGAAUGUCUUCGAAUUGAUGAGUCAACAAUACCAACAUUUGAGCAGAUUCAAUUAGGAUUGUUAAACGAUCCAAAUCAUACUUCUUCUGUAGUUCAAAUAACAAUGUCUCUACUUCAUCAAUGUUUAUGCGAUCCUGGCGUUCCAGCACCCGGUCCUUGGCUUCAUUGUCUUACUGGAGUGAAAGUUACUGAUAUUGAUGUCAGUGUUCAUAAUUAUUCAGAAAUAUUAAGACUCUUUAUAUGGGCUAGAAGUGGCUUCAAAACUGAGAUUGCACAGCGAUUGGAGACGGUUCCAUUUCUUUCGCUUACGACGGAUGAGAAAGCGCAAUGUUUAGCAUUUCUAGUCAAUGAAUUAGUUUGCAGUCGACCAAUCUGUAUGGAAAUUGAGAAGAACAUCGACAACCUUUCAACUUUGAGAAGAGACAAAUGGAUUGUUGAAGGACAAAUGAGACAACUUCGUGUUGCCAGAGAAAGAAAUCUGAUGCUGGAAGGUCCUAUUAUUAAACUGGAAAAUCCAGAACAUACAAAUUCAUCUUUAACGCCAACAAAAGUUGAGACACCCAAGAAUUCAUGGGAAGCCAAAUUUCAGGAAAAAAUGGAUGAACUUACACAGCUGCACAGUUCAUACAGUACUCAACUAACUAAUAGUUCUAAACCACUCAGAGCAUUGGAUUUAGGACAAGACAGAUAUAAACGAAGAUACUGGGUUUUGCCAAACCUUGGUGGGGUUUAUGUUGAAGGACUUGAAAGUGGAAUUUCAUAUGAAGAUGAUGAUGAAAGUCCAGAUGAAGAUGAGGAUGAGGAAGAAGAAGAAGAGAAUCUUGAGAGCGCUGAUGACAAAGAAGAAUCUUCUGACGCACCUGAAUCUGAAAGUAUAAAAGAGGAGGAGGAGGAUGGUGAAGAUGAGGAAGCAGAAGCAAUUGAAGAUGAAGAAGAGACAAUGGAUGGGGAGGAUGAAUGCAAAGUUGAUACAGAGAACUCUUACUUGGAUGAUCAAAGUGGAACUAUGAAAAUAUCUCAAUCUGUGUUAUUACAGGAAUCCAAUGGAAUCGAUCAUGAUAAUGCUGUUGUAUCUGACGCUUUUACAGCUGAAGAUGCAAACAGAAUUAAAAAAGCAUCUUCGAGUCAACACUCCAAUAAUGAUCUACCAGUUGAAGAUGGUGAUUCAAUGGCAGCACGGGACGGAAUGGAAGAAUCUGCACCACCUUUUCAUGUACCCAUCAGUAAUAAUUCUGAUUCAGAAUUACCAGCCGAAGAAAAAGAUGCCAACCAUACAAAGUCAACUGAUGAACUGGCUAAUUUAGCUACGGAAAAAAUUGAAAAUUAUUUGGUAAACAGUGACAAAGACUCUAAGAACAGUUCUGUUCAAAAUGGUGAUUCAUCAGCUAAUAGUGGAGAUGCUUAUGAAGAUAAUGACCCGGUCGGUGAUUUUGAUCUUUGCGAUAAUAUCGAUAACGACACAAGAGCUAGUUCAGGCAUUUCACGUUCAUGCACACCAGAACCUGACAGCAACACAAAUUCCUUUUUAUACAACCCACAAUCAGAGUCUAAUAUGGAUGAUGACACAUCUCGUGAAUACACAAAUUCUCCAGUUCUAUUCACAAAGCCGCUAAAACAAUCUACGGCAUUUACUUCCCCUAUGUCCGAAAAGGAAUCAAGCAUUGAGCUGAUUUCUCAGCCAGGUCUAAUGAAAGAGUCCCCUCUCACAAAGGUAGAAUCUGCGCCUGAUAAAGAAAGCGAUCAAGUUUUAGUCGCAGCAAAAGCGAUAGCGGCCAAAGCAGUUGCUUCUUCCUCACACUUGUUAUUUCCAGAAAAAGAAAGUCUGACCAAAUCCAAAACGAUAAAAAAUGACAUUAUAUCAGAGAAAACUGAUAAUAAGUCAAAUAUUCCAAAUUCAGAGGAUGGCCAACUUCCUCUAGGAGAGCACACACUCAAUGCACUUGUAGAAAUGGGAGUUAAUCCAGUUUCAUUGAACUCGCAACAAUUGGAGGCAUUGUCUCAUCUUGAUGCACCAGUUGGUUCAACACUAGAAAAAUUGAAUAAUGCUGGAAAGGAUGAAAUGACAAAAGAGAUUGAAGAAAGUGACAAGAGUAAUGGUGUUGAAAAUAAUGAUUCCACUGAUCCACUGCCUUCUGAACCAAACAAAAAUGUUUCAAAACAAGAAAACACAAAGAAAGAUCCAGAAAAUGGAAGAAAAAAAUCUGACGACCAAGACAUUCCUAUGGACCUAUCUUGCCAAACCGUAAAUUCUGAAAAUCAGCCAGCACCAGAUGCCGAACCAUUCCCUGUACCUAAAACUCUAUUGGCUGCUGCUGAUUUCCCAAUUAAAUUGGAACAUAGACCCAUCACAGCACAAAGUGAUUCGCCAUUCCGUGAUAGUCCGGACUCAAAGUACGGAGAGUCUAAAUAUUUUGUUCCAAUAAAUUUUUCUAAUGACAUGAAAAUGGAACAGGAAAAUUAUAAUUCAAUGAUCUCAUCUCGUUCUUCUCCGAAUACACUCGCAAAUUAUAUUGUCUCAACGAACAGUUAUUCUGAUUUUCAAUCUCUCGAUGAUAUCAAGUUUCCUAUUCGUGCCCCUGAUGUCAAAGAAGAACCAGAUGUCAUACCAAGAGAAUAUAAGAGAGGAUGGUGGAGAAUUGAGAGCAUGAGCCAACUCAGACGAUUGAGUGAAAAUCUUCAUUUGAGAGGAAUACGUGAAAAACAACUUCAUCGGAAUAUCACAAAAAAUUUUGAAGUUUGUACAAAUUCAAUGGAAGAUUCAACAAUCCCAGAACACAAGUUUGCUGUUAUAACAGUAGAGAAGCCAAAGAGCGAGCCUGAGGAAAAGUUGACAGAAGUUAAUAAAAUAAAGAAAACAACGCGUAGUUCUUCACAAGAGAGGAAAACUGAAAACAACGAUAUUGCAUCGAAAUUCCUCAUGUCCGAGAAGCUGGCAUUCGAAUCGGAGAUGAAAGUCUUGAAUCAAGUUGAAGAAUUGGCAACUAGAUGUGUGGACAUGGCAGUUGUAUCAACGCAAUGGAGCACAGAUAAUCCUCAACCAAGCAGGCAUAGCAAGGAUCUGGCUCAUGUACCUCUACCUUCACUGAGAGAUGAAACAGGGCUUGAAAUCAAGUUUGAUGCUGUGAAUCCUAUACAACAUGAUGAAGCGAGUGCUCUCGGCUCAGCUGUAAACUACCUCGGUUCCCUAGAACGUGCAGUGUGCAGAAGAUAUCUGAAACCUCCCCUUGUACGAAAAGGUGGAGCGUCUGAAUUUAGCAGUCUACCAUCACUUUCAGAUGGGGCAAUGGAUGUCGCUCAUGGCCUUCGAAUUUGGAGAAAUGCAGUUGCAUCAUCAUCUAGUGCUGCUCAACUAUCACUCUGUAUUAGAAUGUUAGAAUCAUGUAUAGCGUGGGACAGAUCAGCUUCGCAUUCACCUGUAAAGACUGAAGUCUUGCCAUCAAAUAAAACAAAGAAACGUAAGGGAGAUAAACGAGGAGGAGCUUCCAGGACAAUUAAUCGUUCAGAGAGUCCUGUACCUCCAAAAAAGAAACGUAAACGGAAAACAAACACUGCGAAAAACGCUGCUUCAUCCGCAGAAGCAGGAAGUAAAAAAUCAAAACAUUCCAGAAUGCCAAUUGACACUGCAGACGUUAUUUCUAAAUCAUCCCUGACUGAAGAUGAAAAUGAUCCGCCUGUUGUCAAUGGCGAUUUAACGAAUUGUGAAGCCACGUCUGGUCUGGCAACACCCAUUCCUACAACACCAUCUGUCUCUGACAAUUUACAAAACUCAGUAAUGUCAGCGGACAAUAGUUGUGAUUUUUCACAAAAUAAUGGCCAAGAUUUUGUGUCUUCUCCGGUACCAGAAUAUCACACAAACUCAGAUAACGUGUCGGAAGAGUACAGGCCGACAUCCGAAGCCAAAAAGAAGAAAAAGAAAAAAAAGUCGAAGAAAUCAAAAACAUCAAAGGAGGGCGAAGAGGGUGCUAAACCAAGCAAAAGUAAACCUAAGAAAAGAGCUGACAAGGAAACCAUUUUAUGCAGGAAUGUUCUCAGGGAACUUCAAUCUCAUGAAGCCGCAACUUGGUUUUUAUUUCCAGUAGACUGCAAACUCGUUCCUGGCUAUCGGAAAAUUAUUAAAAAACCUAUAGAUUUCCACACGAUAGAAGGUCGACUGAAGAGAGGACGGUACAAAUCUAGAGAGGACUUUGUUGCUGAAGUUCGUCUUGUUUUCGACAAUUGUCAAAGAUUUAAUGAGGAUGAUUCAAAUAUUGGAAGAGCUGGACAUGAAAUCCGAAAUUUCUUUGAAAAAAGAUGGGCAGAGAUUAUGAAGGAUAUGUACGGCGAAACGGUACCAGAUGUUGAUCACACUUCAAUUUCACCAUCUAUUCAAACUGACGAUGUAAAUGAAGAAGAAAAUGAAUUUGAAACUGACCAAACUGAAUCUAAUCCAGUGCCAGAAUCAACAGAGAAGGUGGUGCCUUUAUAUCAAUCAUGCAACGAUUCUUCUGGUAGCGGUGGACUGGUAAUUGAUGAUUCGUGAUAAAAAAGAAUGCUAUCUGGAAAUCCGAAAAGUGACAGCCUUGGUGGUUGAAACUAACUUUAACCAAGCAAUAGAGACUUGGAUGUGCUACCUCCGAGACUUAAGUCUAAGAUGGAUCAAUUCUAGUAACAACUAUCGAAUAUGCAGCGAUAAGAUCGUGAAGUAUGGAUGUGCAAUAGGUGCAGCUUUUGUACACGCCUAAUUGAAAAUGAUUAUGGGCAUAUUUUAUUUAUUUGCAGUAUCGUUGAGUUUUUCAUGUCAAUUGAGUUUCAUAUUUCUUUCUACCUUGGCAUCAAUUACAUUAAUAUUCGAACACAACCUAUAAAUGUUAUUGUAAUUGAAUGAAUUGCAUUAACAAGGGUAAAAGCACCAUAGGUAUUAUAAGUGAAUAUAUUUGAAACAAUUUUUUGGGAAAUGUUACUUAUUUAUCAUGGCAAAUGGGUAUAAAACGGUUGGUUAUAUUACAUUAAAUUUAGUUUUCAACUUUUUGCAAUUACUUUUUAUAUUAUCAGUAAUUAUGAAAGUUGAACAUUUGUGGGCCAAGUAAGAAAACAUGACGGAGCUGCUAUAAUUACCUUAUCUUUUAAUUAUUUUUUCUUGAAGAGUGCGCUCUUGUAACUUCAUUCCUUUCGAUGUUUGACACUUCUAUAAAUUUUUGUAUGUGUGUCUGUGUUGUCAGAUAUCGAGUCUUUCAAAAAUUUCAAUCAAUCGAAUUGUUGCAAUAAACUUCGUAGCAAAUUGUUGCUUUUUUCUGGAAUAAAUACUAACGUUUGCAGAUAAAACUUA